AUGGCUGUCCCAUUGAUAACAGAUUCUGAGAUGAGGCUCAGGGAAGAAUUAUUCUUAAGAAGUUUGGGUUUCCCAGCUAAGCCAAAUCCUGUCUCUCCCCCUCCAAUACCUUCCAUAUUAUGGAAGAUCUACAACCAGAGGAUGGGUAACACAGCCCCCAAGAAGAAACAAGAUUUAUGCUUUGUGGAAGAGUUCAAUGUCCCUGGAAGUAUUAUCCGAGUGUUUCCUGAUCAAGGUCGAUUUGUUCCUCAGACUUCAGGACUUUCUCCAAAUCUCUGUUUAGAAAAGAGACUGUUCUUCAAUCUUUCUGUAAUGGAAAAAGAAGAGAUGGUAACCAUGGGACGGUUGGAGCUUAGAUUUAGCCAAAACACCUACUAUGGACAAAUAUUUGAUUUGCGGCUGUACAGGAUUCUACAAAUGUCACUAAAAGGAAUGGGUAGUCAGAAGACCAGCCGAAAACUCUUGGCUGCACAAACUUUCCGUCUGCUUUACAAGUCUCUGUUCUUUAACCUGACAGAUCUAUGCCAGAUUUGGAGAGACUCUCAUAAGAAUUUGGGACUAGAAUUGGAGAUUGUGCAUAGAAAAGAAGGCACGUUGGAUGAGUGUCAGGGUAUACAAGCCUUUCUCUAUACAUCACUGCUCACUGUCACCCUUAAUCCCCUACAGUGCAAGAAACCCCGAAAGAAGAGAAGUUAUGGCAAGCUUCCUUUUAUGGCCAGCAACAUCUGUAAAAAGAGGCGCCUCUAUGUUGAAUUUAGAGAUGUGGGGUGGCAGAACUGGGUGAUAGCCCCUCGAGGAUACUUGGCCAAUUACUGUUAUGGAGAAUGCCCUUAUCCUCUAACAGAGGUACUAAAUGGCUCUAACCAUGCUAUCUUGCAAACUCUGGUUCAUUCAUUUGAACCUGAGGAUAUCCCACUGCCUUGUUGUGUCCCAACAAAGAUGUCUCCUAUUUCCAUGUUGUUCUAUGAUAAUAAUGACAAUGUGGUCCUAAGACACUACGAAAAUAUGGCUGUGGAUGAAUGUGGCUGCAGGUGA